AUGGCGUUCUGGGUGGACUGGGAGCUAUGGGAGAAGCUGAGCAUCGUACUAGCCAUGCUGAUCUCCCUGGUGCUCCUUUACGCCUUUUGCGUCCUCGGCUGGAAUCGCUGGAUGAUGAACAAAUAUGCUGCGACAGAGGCAAAAGAACGAGAGUCGGAAGCUGAGGUGUACCCAAUGCUACACAAGGAUGACAUCCCUUUCGGCGCCAGAGCUUUGGAAAGAGGAGUAGAAGUUGAAGGGAUCUGGGUUUCAGAUCCCAACACACCCACGCAAAGUCCGUGCCAGCCCGCAACUCCAGUUCCAAGUCGGCCGGUCAGUCCAGCGCCAAGGUCGCUGCAUAAAACCGUUGACACCUCCAGGUCCUCGGUGGGAUCUCAGAGUCCCAUGAUCAGCCCAAAUCCUAUGCCACCGGCUGCCCAACGCCAAGUCGUUUCCGAGGUCGACCUAGCCUCCGCAGGCUUCAUCUACGAGAACCACAGACCCGCCGGACUGCAUAGUCGAGCCAGUCUGCCCAUCAAUCCAAAUGCGAUGCGCAUGUCACCUGCACGGGAGGAGUCACUGAUCGGAAUGAAGGACACAACACGCAACGAAAAGCGGGCUAGCUUCCACACGCGCAUAUUCGGUACAACCUCUAAUCCCGACACGAAGGACUACCGAGUAGGAUUGGAUGGCGCUGACGAAGACAUGGACUAUGUCCCGGCAAUAAGUGAGUCAUCUUCUGGUCAUUCAUCGGAGAGAAAGCGAAGAUCACGAUCCAUGCAUCGUCUUCGCCGGCGAUCAUCCGAAGAGUUCCGACGCAGGAUGAGCCAAAUCUUCAACGACAAUAUCCAACUGGGGCUGCCAGCUGAGCAGCUGGAGUUCAAUCCGGCUCUGCGCCAGUACCAGAGACGGUUCCGGAAGUCGUUGCUUCGUCCUUUUCGUCCGUGGCUCAACUCUCCUGGAAAUCAACAGUAG